AUGGUGUACAAGGUUGCACUAGACACAAUUGUCAAAGCGCGCAUGUCUGCGGAUGAAGCCACCACGGAGGCGCUCAACUUGAGCAUGAUUGGGACCAUGACCGCCAUCCCUGUUCCUGGUGUGCAAGACGGCAAGGAUAGCGAGGAAACUACCCACCUGUCAAAACUUUGA